GGGCCGCGGGCGGCCCGCCGCGGGAGCCACCAUGGGCCUGGCCAUGCAGCCCGGGGCGCCCUACACGCGGGCCGGCGGCGCGGCGCGCGGCUGCUGGUUCUACCUGCGCUACUUCUUCCUGUUCGCCUCGCUCGUGCAGCUGCUCAUCAUCGUGGGGCUGGUGCUGUUCAUGGUCUACGGCAACGUGCACCAGGGCACCGAGGCCAACCUGCAGGACACCGAGCGCCGCGCCGCCGCGCUGCACGCGCAGGUGGUGGGGCUGGCGGGCGCGCGCACCAACCUCACGCGCGAGCUCAACCUCACGGCGCGCGCCAAGGAGUCCAUCAUGCAGAUGCUGCUGAGCGCGCGCCGCGACCUGGACGGCCUCAACGCCAGCUUCCGCCAGUGCCAGGCGGACCGGGCCAACCACGAGGUGGAGCUUCGGUACAUAGUGGCCAUCAUCCAGAGCGAGCAGCAGUGCCAGGAGCAGCUGAAGCGCCGACUCCCGCCCCGUCCUGCAGACCGGUUCCUCAUGCUGGAGCAGAAGAUCAAGUUGCUGGAGAUAGAGCUGGCGAAGGAGAAGGCGCUGUGCAGCCGCGAGAAGGAGGAGUGUCUGCAGAAGCUGCGCACCCUGGAGGCGCAGCUGGCCGAGUGCGGGCGCGCGCGGGAGCAGCUGGCGCAGCAGCAGCAGCUGGCGGACGGGCGGCUGCAGCAGGUGCAGGGGAUGUGCGCGCCGCUGGACCGCGACAAGCUGCAGGACGAGGCGCUCAAGCUGUGGCGCGACUCCGCGGUGUCGCGCGCGCUGGACAACCUGCGCUACGCCCCGGGCUACGACUCCUACCACCUGGGCAGCGAGCUGGCCUCCAUCCGCCGGGUCUGCGACCAGCUGCCCGCCUUCCUGGCGACCAAGGUCCAGGAGCUGGCGCGCGCGCUGCGCGCGGACAUCGAGCGCGUGGCGCGCGAGAACGCGGAGCUGCGCGCGCAGAAGCUGGAGGCCGAGCAGCGCGUGCGCGCCGGGCAGAUGGCGGCCGAGAAGGCGCAGCAGGAGGCGGCGAAGCGCGAGGCCCAGCUGCGCGCCGAGGGCUCGCGCCAGACUAACCUGGCGCUGGAGGAGAAGGCGGCGCUGCGCAAGGAGCGCGACGCCCUGGCCAAGGAGCUGGAGGAGCGCAAGCGGCAGGCGGCGCAGCUGCAGAUGCAGGCGGAGGUGGCGCGCGAGUCGCUGAACACCUGCGUCAAGGCCAAGUCGCAGCCGAUGAACCCUCCUCGCUCCCCGCCCCCGGCCCCCCACCUGACCCCCAUUGACCCAGCCAGCCUGGAUAAGUUCAAGAAGAAGAUCCUGGAGACCUAUCGGGUCCCCGUGCUCCAGGCCAGGACCUGAGGAGGCCGCGACCCCAGCACUGGCGACGCGCGAGGACGGAGACUCCGACG